UUAAAGUUGUGGACUUUCCGACAAAACAAACAAAAUCGUUUUUUUUUGCUUCGCCAUCGCCGCUAAACCCUUAAGCUAAAACCUUAAACCCUAAUCGAGCUCUCCUGCUUUCGCUGAGCUACAGAGAUACAGAUAAGAGAGAAGGAUGAAGCACCCGAAAGGUGGAGGCUUUAAGAGAGGCGGCAAGAAGGGCUCGACCGAUUCGGAUCCCUUCUUCGAGCAAGAGACGAAGAAACGGAGGAAAGUCAGUACUUACGACGACGAAGACAUCGAGUCUAUUGACUCCGACGCCGAAGAGAACGGCUUUAACGGCGAAGAUAGGAAAGGAGUUGAUGAAGCCGCGGAGGAGGAAGAGGAUGAGUUUGCCGACGAGACGGCUGGAGAGAAGCGGAAGAGGUUAGCUGAGGCGUUGCUGUUGCGAACGAGGGAAGCUCAGAGGAGGCAGCGUGAAGAACGUGAUGAUGAUGAUGAUGAAGACGAUGAGGAUGAUGAUAUUGUCAAGACUUUGAUGAAGAAGCAGCAGGAGGAUAGUGGUCGGGUUCGAAGAGCUAUUGCAUCCAGUGUUCAGGAGCCACUGAGUAGUGAUGAGUUUAGCAUCAUUGUCAAGCACCGAAAAUCUGUUGUCUCCGUUGCUCUCUCUGAUGACGACAUUAGAGGAUUCUCAGCUUCCAAAGACGGCACUAUUGUCCAUUGGGAUGUAUCUUCUGGCAAGAGUGACAAAUACAAAUGGCCAAGCGAUGACGUUCUCAAGUCUCAUGGGAUGAAAGUGAGGGAGCCUCGGAGUAAAAAACACAGCAGAGAGUCUCUUGCUUUAGCCGUUAGCUCUGACGGUCGUUACUUGGCGACUGGUGGAGUUGAUCGGCAUGUUCAUAUAUGGGACGUUCGUACCAGAGAACAUGUCCAGGCCUUUCCAGGUCACAGGAACACUGUUUCUUGCCUAUGUUUCAGACAUGGAACAGCGGAGCUCUACUCUGGUUCUUUUGAUCGGAGUGUCAAGGCGUGGAAUGUAGAAGAUAAAGCUUUUGUGCAAGACAGUUUUGGACACCAGGAUGAGAUUCUAGCCAUUGAUGCGCUUAGGAAGGAGCGUGCACUUACUGUUGGAAGAGAUAGGACCAUGCUACUACACAAGAUGCCUGAGACGAGCCGUACGAUUUACCGCGCACCUGCAUCUUCUCUUGAGAGCUGCUGUUUCAUCAGUGACACUGAGUACCUGUCUGGUUCAGACAACGGAACUGUUGCGCUUUGGGGCAUGUUGAAAAAGAAGCCGGUGUUUCUCCUCAAGAAUGCACAUUCCGUUGUAGCUGAUGGAACCACCACUAAUGAAAAUGGUGAUCAUGAUUAUGUGAACUCUUCCACAACGAAUUCUUGGGUCAGUUCAGUUGCUGUGUGUAGAGGUAGUGACCUUGCUGCAUCUGGAGCUGGUAAUGGUUUUGUGCAUUUGAUGGCUGUUGAGGCAGGUGCCAUUCGACCUUUAUUCAAGCUUCCACUGACUGGAUUUGUGAACUCUAUGGCUUUUGCAAAAUCCGGUAAAUUUCUGAUUGCUGGUGUUGGACAGGAGACGAGAUUUGGAAGGUGGGGAUGCAUAAAGUCUGCGCAAAAUGGUGUGGCAAUACAUCCCUUAAGGCUGUCAUAAGUAUUCUGUUGGGGGUGAAAGAAGAGUUGGUACUUAUUUUUGAGUCUCUUAAGUUUAUGUAAUGACAAGUCUUUUCAGCUCCUAAAGUUUUUGCUCCCUUUUUGUUUGUUUUAUUUAUUGUACCCAAUUUUUCUAUUACAAGAGAGACGAGAACUUUAACGUUUUUGAGGUUCGGAUGAAUCAAAGAGAUGAAGAAUUACAUUAUUUAUACCAAGUUGAUUAUUA